CAACAUCGUCACGCGCUCAUACACUCUGACUCUCUCUCUCUCUUACACACACACACUAAGCUUCUCUCUGACAAAGUUUUACUCAGUCGCCGCAGCUUACUCGCUUUCACUGAGUCAACUCGGUCGCCUUUCGCGCUUACUACACUCCUUCUAUGUUUGUGUAUUUGAGUUGCAUGUGGUGGAUUUUCCAUGGAAACAGUGGUUGAAGUUGAGGGAAAUGAGGAAGGGAAGUAUAAGGAAAGUGGGGUUGAGAAAAGUAGCUCUUCGUUGUCUUCUCCAAAGCUGGGUGCAGACCCGGUUGUUUACAAGCUUGUUCGGGUUGAGGGAGAUGGGAGGUUAGUUCCUGCGACUGAUGAUGAAAUUAUGGAGGUUGGAAACUUGCUUGCAGAUGAUAAGAUUGAAAUGCAUCUAGUUGCAGACACUGGGCAGAGUGGAGGGUCUUCAUCUGGGAUGCCCCAGUUAGAAAGCUCAGAAGGUUUGUCACAGUCUGAAAACACAGAAGUUGAUGCAGGAAAAUCAAAUACACAUGUUGAGUACAUUGAGGAGAUGUUGCAAAAGGUCAAACAGGAUGAGAGUCAUCUCUUAGCUUGUGGAUCUCCUGAUCAUUCUUCUGCUUAUGUGAUUGUAGAGGGCCAGUGUUCUGAUCAGAAUGAUAAAAUGCCUGGCAUUGAUGAGAAGCUCCAAUCUGAAAUUCCCUUGCAGGGAAAUGACACUCCCUCCUCCCCAAGUUUGAGUAAAAGCCAUAUUAAUCACUCUGGGAGUGUUGGAGAGUGCUCAAAUCCAUCAAACGAACUGAUAGAAGGUCAAUCAUCAGCUUCAGCUGUAUGUACUAGUUCAAAACCUGAUUUUUCUAGGCUAAAGGGAGAAAUAUGCUUGGACAAUCUAUCAAUCAAAGAACUACAUGAAACUUUUAGAGCGACUUUUGGGAGGGAGACAACUGUCAAGGACAAGCAGUGGCUUAAGAGAAGGAUUGCCAUGGGGUUGACUAAUUCUUGUGAUGUUUCGGCAUCAAGUUUCAUAAUUAAAGAUAACAAAUUAUUGAGCAAGGGUAAGGAAGAAAGCUGCAACAAUGAUGGUACUACUUCUAUGAGCAAUACAGCUGUUGGAGCAGUGAAUGUGGAAUGCAAAGAUUCAUCAACUAACCACAGUAGCCAGAUGGAAGAACAUCAAACUGCAUCUGUUGAGAGACAGAGAAACUCUAGCACAGACAAAGAUCAUAAAAGUGAAGAUCUUCAUGCAGACCAGGUAGCUGCUAAAAGAGUUCGGAAACCAACAAGAAGAUAUAUUGAAGAACUCUCAGAAGUGGAGUCCAAAGAGUCAAGUGGAAAGUCAAUACCUUCAGCAAAAAAUUCUGGUCUGAGACAGAUGUCCCCAAAAUCUAACACUAGGCCUGUUGGAAUUGCCUCUUCUAAUAGGGGAACUUUUGUGAUGAGGCUGGAUUCUCUCGGAGGAUCUGGAGUUCAGGUUCCAUAUGUUUCUCGAGUCCGAAGAAGCCGUCCAAGGAAAAAUGUCAUGGCGCUUAUGGAAUUUCAUCCCCAGGGCAUAGGCAUGACAGCUGCACUGGUCAAGACGGCCUUCAGUGUACAUAGUUCUCAACCAAAUAAUGAGAGUGGGAACAUAGUCUUGAAAGCCAGAUCUACUGUUGAGAAGAUGCAGCAUCCAUUUACAGUUGAACCAGAGAAGCCUAAGCCAUUCUCUUCAAUGGUUUCAAUUGAGCAGGGGCAGAAUAUGGAGCCGAAACAUGUAGAUCCAUCUGGAGAUACUUCAGACGAUAAUGUGGUCACUGUGCCAACUGGGAAAGGUGGAGUGAGAAGGAAACAUCACCGAGCUUGGACUCUCUCUGAAGUUAUGAAACUUGUUGAGGGUGUAUCCAGGUAUGGUGCUGGAAGGUGGUCUGAGAUCAAAAGGCUUGCCUUUGCAUCCUAUUCAUAUCGCACCUCUGUCGAUCUCAAGGACAAGUGGAGGAAUUUGCUGAAAGCAAGCCUUGCACAGACACCUCCAGAUAAAAGGAUAAACUCCCGGAAACAUGCAUCUGGAAUGCCGAUUCCUGCUCCGAUUUUGUUACGAGUUAGAGAGCUCGCAGAGAGGCAGUCACAGGUCCCCUCAAAUCUUAGUAGCACCAGCAAGUUGGCCGGGUCAACUGGUAGAAAUAAUGUACAUGAAACAAGAUCAUCUGGGUACUUGUAACAUUGUAAAUAAAUAAUAUCACACAAACUUUAGCUGUCUAAAGUUAAAAAUAAAGUUACUAAUUAGAGGUGUUUGAUUAACACAAAUUAUCCUGACAUAAACUUAGUUGUUUACGAAUAUGAGCUUCCAAUGUAAUUUUAUGGUGUUUCAUCUCCUUUGUAUACAAUGCUUUUUCUGCUUAA